UCUCGGAGCUCGGACGGCACGAUUGGCGGCCGAUUGUGGACAGGACGUCCCAUUGUCCCAUCGUCCGCAUACGAAACCCUAAAAUUGGGCGCCCAGGCACGCUCGAAGCAGCCUCAGCAGGAUGCCGCCCAGCCAUGUUUGAACUUUGCAUAGGCAACUCAUUUAGCCUGCUGAGAAACUUGAAGUUGAAAGGCGCACUGGCCCCUUUACGAUUAUCUUCUCAUGUAGGCAAGUGCUUUCUUCCAGCGUUAGAGACGUUAUUGGCAUUUCGAGGCCAGCCGCACCGUAUGAUUAUAAAGUUGUUCGUCAGCGGCCGUGUCGUGCAGUCGAAGAAACAGAUUAUGCCAGCAGAAUCUGGAUCCAAUCUGCUUUGACUUCUUCUGUAUGUUGCAACAGGCAAAUUCUGUAUGAGAGUGCACCCGCAAGGUUAACCCACUGAUUGUCAAGUAAGCCCCCUAUAAGAGGCUCCCUGGUUGGCCCCAGCAAAGAGAGUCGAUGGCGGCCCAAGGCGCGGCCUUGCAGAAUCACAAUAAUGAACUUGUGAAAUGCAUAGAAGACCUCCGAGAAAAGAAGGCUGAAGUGGACCGGCUAAUAGCUACAGAAGAGGAGGAGAAGGCCAAGAUCCAGGGCGAUCUUGCCGUCCUCACCAAGAGGCUAGCCCAGGUGAAUGAGAGCCUGGGCCGAAAGGUAGCGUCUCGAAACGAGUACGAAAAGACGAUCCAGGAAACGGAAGCAGCUUAUCAAAAGAUUCUUGAAAGCUCACAGACACUGUUGGCUGUCCUUAAACGAGAAAGCAUCUCUAUAGCUAAAAAGCGUCAAGCAGCGAAGUAGGUCGUUAGCAAGCGAUGUAUGCAAAAUCAAGCAAUGAACCGAAGGUAAGAUCUUAAACUGUUUACUGGUUAAGCAGCCAGAAGUCGUAUAAUCUAGCACCUCGCGCAACAAAAAUCAGCUUUGUCACCAGCGAGCUGAAUCGUUGGCAUGCUGAGGCAGAAAUUCAGUUAUUUCAUAGAAAUUUGAGUAAAUCGAGUUCGCUUAGACGACUGUCUCGUUGGGCGCAGCCGCGUCUGUGCUCCUGGCUAGCAUCUAAUCCAGAGCCGAACCUUUUAACUGUCAUGUAACGAUCGAAACGCUGCCCGCCACAAUGAUGGUGAUGGCCCGUUUUACCCCGCAAACAAGCACCUUGUCAGGCCAGCGUUCAGUAAGCA